UGUUCUCUCUCUCUCUCGCUCUCUCUCACACGCACACGGGCCACAUCACAUGAAACAGCGUCCGAACCCAACCCGUUUUGUUUCGCCUCUUCCCCCCUUCUGCUGCCGCUGCUGCUGCUGCUGUCUCCGAACGUGUCCCUCGUCUCCGGUAGAUCCCGGAGCAUGCCCCUCAUUUCGCAGCCUCCAACUCCCCGACACAAGCCCGGGACAGAUCGCUAUACGCCAGAUCUGAAUCGGCCAAAGAAACAAGGUAAGAUUUGAUCGAGGAGACAUUGAGAGAAAGAGAGAGGAGGAGGAGGGAAAGAAGAUGCCGAGCGUGGCGGUGAAGGUGUACAGUUUGUUCUUCAAGCUGUUGCUGAAGCACAAGCUGCAGCACCGGUCGCAGAUGGAGGACGCGGAAAGCCCCUUCGGUGUCACCUCCCGCCCGGAGGAGUCCACCGCCCCGGCUAACCCUUCAUUCGGUCCCGAUGGAGUCGCUACCAAGGACAUCCACAUCGACCCCCUCACCGCCCUCUCCAUCCGCAUCUUCCUCCCGGACCCCUCACUCCACCGCGAGGGUGCCAGGCCCCGUUGGUCCCCCGAUCUCGACCGCCGCAACAGCUACGGCGGUUCCCCCGCCACCCCUUCGCACGACCACGGCCGCCGCAGCAGCUACGACGGAGCCGGAUCCGCGCACGAGAAUGGUAAUGGCGCCGAUGCCGCCGCCGCAGGGAACUACAGAGGAUAUCUGCCGUCCGUCGUGGACGCGCGUCGUCGGACGGACAGAUCGAAGAAGCUUCCGAUCAUCAUCCAGUUUCACGGAGGCGGCUUCGUCGCCGGGAGCAAUACGUCGGCCGCGAAUGAUUUCUUCUGCCGGCGGAUGGCGAAGCUUUGCGAUGCAAUGGUGAUUGCGGUCGGGUAUAGGCUGGCGCCCGAGAGCCGGUAUCCGGCUGCAUUUGACGAUGGGCUUAAAGUGCUGAAUUGGUUGGGGAAGCAGGCAAAACUGGUGGAAUGUAAAAUAUCGAUGGGGACUGCGAGGGGAGGAGGGAUUGGAGAGGUGAGGAGGUCCCAGAUCGUUGAUACAUUUGGGGCGUCCACUGUGGAGCCAUGGCUGGCAGCUCACGGCGAUCCUUCCAGGUGUGUUCUACUCGGUGUAAGCUGCGGGGCUAAUAUUGCAGAUUAUGUUGCUCGAAAAGCAGUUGACGCUGGAAAACUGACAGAGCCAGUCAAGGUUGUCGCCCAAGUUCUGAUGUAUCCGUUCUUCGUUGGAAGCGUCCCCACUCAUUCGGAAAUAAAGCUAGCAAAUUCCUACUUCUACGACAAAUCUUUGUGUCUACUGGCUUGGAAGUUGUUCUUACCCGAGGACGAGUUCAGUCUAGACCAUCCAGCUGCAAACCCGCUCGUGCCAGACAGGGGACCUCCAUUGAGAUGCAUGCCUCCGACGCUCACAGUGAUUGCGGAGCAUGACUGGAUGAGGGACCGUGCAAUCGCGUACUCCGAGGAGCUUCGCAAGGUAAACGUUGACGCACCAGUCCUGGAAUACAAAGAUGCAGUUCAUGAGUUUGCCACACUCGACAUGCUCCUCAAGACUCCUCAGGCACAGGCCUGUGCUGAAGACAUUGCAAUAUGGGUGAAGAAGUAUAUAUCGAUCCGCGGACACGAGUUCUCGUAUUAGAUGUCAAAGCUUUUGGUGUGUUAGAUAUCGGGUUUGGGGGGGGAGAAGAGCAUAGUUGUCACUGAGGCUGCACCUACAGUCGCAUCAGGUUUGAUGUGUUGAAUUCUUUCAUGUUCUUCAUUCUUGUCUGGGUGGGUGUAAUAUGUCAAGAACAGGCUCAGUUAAAUAUAAUGCUGUUCCCUCUUGUUUCUCUCUCA